AAGUGUAAUGUAGAUUACCGACUGCUUUUCAGACUAAAGACUUCAAAGAAGCUGAUGUCUUCGAAAUGAACCCCCCAAAGUUUGACAUGAUUGAGGACAUGGCCAUGAUGACCUACCUCAAUGAAGCCACUGUCCUGUAUAACCUCAAAGAGCGUUAUGCAGCAUGGAUGAUCUACGUAAGAAACCUAUUGUACAUAUAAAUUAUAGGUACAUAUACACACUCAUAAGUGAACAUAGGACACCACCGUAUAUGACACCUAUAUAGCCUAUAUAAGACACCAACAUAACUCCAAAAUGCACAUGCUGUUUGUAAUUGAAAAACACCUACGCAAAAAUAAUGUAACUGAAUACAAGAAACACUUGUAAGUGUUCCAUAGCAACUCAGACCUCAAACAUCCUCACACAGGUCCAUACAGUUAACAGAAAAGCUGAUUUUGCUAAUCCCCUAACUUCCCUUCAUCCAGACCUACUCCGGGCUGUUCUGUGCCACAGUGAACCCCUACAAGUGGCUCCCCGUGUACGACGAGGAGGUUGUUAACGCUUACAGAGGAAAGAAGCGAAUGGAGGCUCCACCCCAUAUCUUCUCUGUCUCUGACAGGGCCUAUCAGUUCAUGUUGACGGGUAUGAUCUUAUACAUGUGGAUGGACGGAUAAAUAGAGGGAAGCUCACACAAACAGAUAUGGGCAGCCAAGACAGCUGGAAACAUCCAUGCAAUCAUUUUUUAUUUAUUUAGAACUAGUGAAAAGCGUGUGCAACACUAUCCACAACUUUAAGACAAUUGGCAAAUGCCAUAAUGAAUCAAAACUGGUUUAUAUUCAUAUUCUUUGUUGUUGUUUUUUUGCCUGCAGAUAGGGAGAACCAGUCUAUCCUGAUUACGUAAGUUCUCUACUAACAUCUAACAUUAUAGUUAGUUCGAUAUCAUAACAAUUAUUAAGCGUAUACAUGAACUAUAGUAAAUGAGUAAACAACUCAAAGUGUACUUUUAAAUGAUUAUGUUUUGAAUGAUGUCUGACACUGAAACAUGUCACCAAAACCUCUUAUUCUCUGUCACAUAAACCAGUGGAGAAUCUGGUGCAGGAAAGACUGUCAACACCAAGCGUGUCAUCCAAUACUUUGCCACUAUCGCUGUGUCUGGAGGAGAAAGGAAGAGGGCGGCAGAACCCGGCAAAAUGCAGGUACAGGUGUAGGAUCUUAAUUUGAUAACCCUGUUGCAGGACAACUUUCAAUGCAAUGCAGGAAAUGUAAAACUUGUAGUGUAUUUUAGGUUUAAAAAGGCUUCUGAAGUUUGUAAUUUCCACUUUCACAUUUCAGACUGAACAAAAAUAUAAAUGCAACAUGCAACAAUUUCAAAGAUUUUACUGAGUUACAGUUCAUAUAAGGAAAUCAGUCAAUUGAAAUAAAUUCAUUAGUCCCUAAUCUAUGGAUUUCACAUGACUGGGAAUACAGAUAUGCAUCUGUUGGUUACAGAUACUGUACCUUAAAAAAAAGGUAGGGGCGUGGAUCAGAAAACCAAUCAGUAUCUGGUGUAACCACCAUUUGCCUCAUGCAGCAAGACACAUCUCCUUUGCAUAGAGUCUAUCAGGCUGUUUAUUGUGGCCUGUGGAAUGUUGUCCCACACCUCUUCAAUGGUUGUGCGAAGUUGCUGGAUAUUGGCGGGAACUGGAACAAGCUGUCGUACACGUCAAUCCAGAGCAUCCUAAACAUGGCACGACAAUGGGCCUCAGGAUCUCGUCACAGUUUCUCUGUGCAUUCAAAUUGCCAUCGAUUAAAUUCAAUUGUGUUGGUUGUCCGUAGCUUAUGCCUACCAAUACCAUAACCCCACCGCCACCAUGGGGCACUCUGUUCACAACGUUGACAUCAAAAAACCGCUCGCCCACACGAUGCCAUAAACGUGGUCUGCGCUUGUGAGACUGGUUGGACGUACUGCCAAGUUCUUGGACGUACUGCCACAUUUUUUGUGUAUAUGGAACAAUUUUGGGAAUUUUUAUUUUAGCUCAUGAAACAUGGGACCAACACUUUACAUGUUGCGUUUAUAUUUUUGUUCAGUGUAUAAUCCACAGAAUACACAUUUCCUGCAGCAUUAUUUUGCUGCUGUAGCAAACUUGCUCAAAUUAUGAUCCUACAUCUGUAGGCCAACCGUAUAUAACUGCUUAUUUUAAGACAGUUCCACCACUGUUGAAGAAGGGUGUUCUACAGUACUGUAUGCCAUGCUGUUUCUGACCUACUUGUGUUUGUCUCCCUCAGGGGUCUCUUGAAGAUCAGAUUAUUGCUGCCAACCCUCUGCUGGAGGCUUACGGUAAUGCCAAGACAGUGAGGAAUGACAACUCUUCUCGUUUUGUAAGUAUGAGGGACACACUUGCCGUACUUAAAUAUUCCUUAUUGAUCUAGAAGGACAGAGAUUGAGACCUAUCCAGUCUUUCCAAAUGUUAAUGGGAAACGAAGGGUUAGAAAGAAAGGAAAGCUUUAUUUUCAGAGUAUUGAGAUGGACACCUUGGCAGUUUCCUUUUGUUGACUCAUUCCCUCAUUUCUAACCCCCAUGCUCUACUUUAGGGUAAAUUCAUCAGGAUUCACUUCCACAGUAAUGGCAAACUAUCUAGUGCUGACAUUGAGACCUGUAAGUUGGUUGGAUUGUUUGUCGGAUUAUUAGUCAUGAAUGCACAAUGUCCAAAAUUCACAGAGAUUAUGUUUUAAGGAGACCAAGCACUGAACUUUAUCUCCUGUUCUCUUUCAGACCUGCUGGAGAAGUCCAGAGUGACCUUCCAGCUGCCCGAUGAGAGAAGCUACCACAUAUUCUACCAGAUGAUGACCAACCACAAGCCUGAGCUGAUUGGUACGACAAAGUAGAAAGCGGUUUGACAAUUCUUCUCAUUUAGUUGACAGGGACAUUGCACCUGAAUCAACAUAUCAGUGUUCUCAUUUCAAUGUUGAAGUGCUACAGUGAGUUAUAAAGCUCAGGGUUGUAUUACUCAUGACUACUGUAAUAUUUCAAUAUCAGAUAAUUGCCUAAUUGAGUUAGAGUUCCAUAAACAGGGAAAGGGAAAACCUAGUCAGUUGCAAAACCAAAUGCAUUCAUCAGAAAUGUGUCUUCCGCAUUUAAGCCAACCCCUCUGAAUCAGAGAGAUGUGGGGGGAUACCUUAAUCGACGUCAUCAGCGCCCGGGGAGCAGUUGUUGUUGGUGGUUAACUGCUUUGCUCAAGGACAAAACGGCAGAUUCUUCCACCUUGCUGGCUCAGGGAUUCGAACCAGCAACCUUUCGGUUAUUGGCCCAAUGUGUUUAACCGCUAGGCUACUUGCAUGGAGAACUAGUGCACUCCAGUGGAAAUUAAGGGGUAAUAUCAAUCAAGCAAUCCAAGACAAAGUGACAGUUCACCACUCAAAUGCUGCCCUCAUUUGAUGACAAGUUAAAUGGUACUGUGAAAGAUGACACUUCCAGCCUCAGUGGGUUGGUGUCCCGUGAACCAAUAAAGGUUCUUCCUGUAGUUUGUUGUACCUGUGAGUCAUAAAGUCUGCUUCGUAUUCCUGGGGUAUAGUCUCCUAGGAAGAAUAGGGAGGGGAAAUUAAAAAAUCCAUAUAGUUUCAUUUGACUGCUCUAUUUUUCACUGCAUUACAUUUGUAUUUUGAGUUGCAUUUGGCUCCCAAUGCAGAUACAGUACAUCCUUUAUGUCCGCACUUUCUAAUCUUAAUCUUAAUCUCAUGCAAGAGAGGAAAAGGUAGAGGAAAGCAAAUUCCAUCUGGUUUAACUGACUCUCUGUCCUGUUCUCCGUCCCCACAGAAAUGACGCUCAUCACCACCAACCCCUACGACUUCCCCAUGAUCAGCCAGGGGCAGAUCAAAGUGGCCUCUAUCGAUGACAAAGAGGAGCUGGAUGCCACAGACGUGAGUCUCACAAACUAUAUACAAGGAUGAGUCACACCUCCAUCCCCCACUGAAUGCAAUGCACAAUUACUGUACAUGUUAUAACUUAACUCCAAGCGGUGCAGCCCCAUGACAGUUUUGUCCAGUUUGAAACUCCCUGAACUUGUGAUAUCUGCUGUGUGUGCGUACACUAAGUUUAACUAUGAAAUUCCUGUCACUCAGGCCGCCAUUGACAUCCUGGGCUUCACUAAUGAUGAGAAGAUGGGCAUCUACAAACUGACCGGCGCUGUCAUGCACCACGGCAAUUUACGCUUCAAGCAGAAGCAGCGUGAAGAGCAGGCCGAGCCAGACGGCACAGAGGGUGAGUCCUCGCUCCAAACACAGGAAUAGACCGAAUGAAACUGGUUUCUCUGUCAGUAACACUACAUUUGCCAUCCUGUGUCCCUGUAUAUGAGUCUGCUGUUCUUUCUAUCUACAGUAGCUGAUAAAAUCGGUUACCUCCUGGGUCUGAACUCAGCUGACAUGCUGAAAGUUCUGUGCUACCCCAGAGUGAAGGUUGGCAAUGAGUUUGUUACCAAGGGACAGACCGUGCCUCAGGUGAGACAUCCAAGAUUCAAUAAUUGCUACAACACCACUAUUGAUUUUAUGUUUUGAUUAAUUUUUUUGAAGCUCAAUACCAGCAAGGCAUGAUCAAUGUCUCACAUAUUAACUGAAGGUAUUGUUUUUGCACAGGUGUAUAACUCUGUGAGCGCUCUGGCCAAGUCCAUCUAUGAGAGGAUGUUCUUGUGGAUGGUCAUCCGUAUCAACCAGAUGUUGGACACCAAGCAACAAAGGAACUUCUACAUCGGUGUGCUCGACAUUGCUGGGUUUGAGAUCUUUGAUGUAAGUAUGUGAUCAUUACAGAAUAAACAGUUUAUGGCUUUGAGGCCUUAUGACAAAAGGUGAUUGAACUAAUCUUCUUUGAACGUCAUUAACAGUUCAACACCAUGGAGCAGCUGUGUAUCAACUUCACAAAUGAGAAACUGCAACAGUUCUUCAACCAUCACAUGUUUGUCCUGGAGCAAGAGGAGUACAAGAAGGAGGGAAUCAUCUGGGAGUUUAUUGAUUUCGGCAUGGACUUGGCAGCCUGCAUUGAGCUUAUUGAGAAGGUAAGCAGACUGUAAUCAUUUUACUUAAGAAUAAUGUACUGUGGAAUGGGCGACAACAGCAGAGUUGACAGGGACAGAUGUUGGAGUUGAGAGUGAAUUAUUACCAUUUUGGUACAAGAUGGCUGCUACUAAUCCUGCUGUUACAUUUUUCAUCAGCCAAUGGGCAUCUUCUCCAUCCUUGAAGAGGAGUGCAUGUUCCCCAAGGCUUCAGACACUUCCUUCAAGAACAAGCUGUAUGACCAGCAUAUGGGCAAGAAAAACACUUUCCAGAAGCCCAAGCCUGUCAAGGGAAAGGCCGAGGCCCACUUCUCCCUGGUGCACUACGCUGGUAUUGUGGAUUACAACAUCUGUGGCUGGCUGGACAAGAACAAGGACCCCCUGAACGACUCAGUGGUGCAGCUAUACCAGAAGUCCUCAGUGAAACUGCUGGUUCUUAUCUACGUUGAUGCUCCAGCUGAAGGUCAUUUAACAUUGUUCAAUAAUAUUUUUUGCCAAUAUUCCCGAUAUCAACAUUACACAAACAAUUUGGUAGCAGUUGCAAAUAUAUUAUCUCAUAAAUAAAAUAGGGUGUUCACCAUAGAUGUCAAUCACUCAUGAUUUUAGCUAUUUUUACAGACAGAGCAUCCAAGAAGGGAGGCAAGAAGAAGGGAGGCUCCAUGCAGACGGUGUCCUCCCAGUUCAGGGUGAGCUUCUCAAACUUGUAUUCAAAGUUAUCUGGUUAAAACCUAUCUGGUCAACAUUUUUAAUGUACCUUAAGGUGCGUUCAUUUGUAUUAAUAAUUCUGAGACGGCUGUUUGAUGUGUCCCCGCUCUGCAGGAGAACUUGGGCAAGCUGAUGACCAACUUGAGGAGCACUCACCCUCACUUUGUGCGCUGUCUGAUCCCCAAUGAGUCAAAGACUCCAGGUACAAGAAACAUCCAGUGAAAUACUAAAUUGUAACCCUAUGGUUUAUCAGCUAGUGACAUUCAGUAUCCUAAAACAAAAUAAGCACUAAGUAACUACCUAUACUUACAUGUGGUACAAGAUAGCUGAUUAUAAGUUAUUCCCAUAUAUUUACCCAGAAAUAAUGGCACAUACAUCACCACAAUGUAAUUGUAGCCCUUCAAAUGUUUGUGUUUAUUGGCUUUAAUGAUACAUUGUGUUUUUCCAGGUCUGAUGGAGAACUUCCUGGUUAUCCACCAGCUAAGGUGUAACGGUGUACUGGAGGGUAUCAGGAUCUGUAGAAAGGGGUUCCCCAGCAGAAUCCCCUACGGUGACUUCAAGCAGAGGUACCCUUUAGAGAUGUGACCUAUCUAACAUGGCUCCAUGUUUACUUUAGAAUAGAACUGAAUUUGACCAAAUAAUAAGAAACUCCGAAAUUCUUACAUUCUGAGAUCUUAUAAGAUGACAUUCUGAAAUCUUAAAAGAUUACAUUCUGAAAUCUUAAAAGAUUACAUUCUGAGAUCUUAUAAAUACAGACGAAACAACGUUUGGCAUCGAGUGGCCUAUGCUAGAAAAAUUUAAAAGAAGAAGAAUGGCUAAAAUCGUUCAGCAGAUUUCAUAAACUAUGACACAGCAACAGAAUAUCCUUGUUUGCUCACAAUUUAAAAACUGACAGUUGCCUGUCUCUCCUAAUCCAGGUACAAAGUACUGAAUCCCAGUGUUAUCCCAGAAGGCACAUUCAUGGACAACAAGAAGGCUUCUGAGAAGCUGCUUGGGUCAAUCGAUGUGGAGCACGAGCAGUACAAAUUUGGACACACCAAGGUCAGGGUCAAAUACACUCAGGAAAAGCAAACACAAAACAUAAGUAAAACAACAAUGUAAAUGCUAACCACUCACAGCCUUUUUACAAUAAAUAUUGUCGUGUUGAUCCCUCAUUUAAAUUCAACCCUGUUCUAUGCGUUCUGACUUCUGAUGACAUCCAUUGAUAAUGUUGACCUAUUCUCAGGUGUUCUUAGUUCUUACUGGUGUCUCAGGCAUUUACCUUCCUGUUACAUACGCUCAGGUGUUCUUCAAAGCUGGCCUGCUGGGUGUCCUGGAAGAGAUGCGAGAUGAGAGGCUGGCCUCUCUGGUCUGCAUGAUACAGUCUCUGUGUCGUGGGUUCGUCAUGAGGAAGGAGUUUGUGAAGAUGAUGGAGCGGAGGUGAGGGAUAGAAGAUAUCUCAAGGAUCAAGGCUCACCCACAUUCAUCUAACAGGGUUGCAGUGGUUUCCAUUUAAUCUCCAACGACUCCAGGGAUCAAACUGAACAUGUUAUAUUCACCUUAAAUUUACAAAUGUUAUACUUUUUUUGAUUAAUUAAUUGAAUUUCACUUUAUUUUUUCUGAGGAGCUGUAACUUUGUCCUGUAAAUAACAUAUUACUAUUAUUUAGCCAUAACACUCACCAAGAUCCCUGUUUCCUGUUGUUCAGAGAGGCCGUCUUCACCAUCAAAUACAACAUUCGCUCAUUCAUGAAUGUUAAACACUGGCCAUGGAUGAAGGUGUAUUACAAGAUCAAGCCACUGCUGAAGAGUGCUGAAACUGAGAAGGAGCUAGCCAACAUGAAGGAGGACAAUGAGAAGUGCAAAAUCGCCCUGACCAAGGCUGAGGCCCGCAAGACGGAGCUUGAGGAGAAGAUGGUGACCGUUCUGCAGGAGAAGAAUGACCUGACGCUCCAAGUUGCAUCUGUGAGCAUCUGUCAAGUGCCUGGCUUGAUUACCCAUAUUAUAUUGAAAACAAUGGACAGGAGGUGUGCACUGACUAAAUUAAUGUCUGCCUAUGUUUCUAUCAUUGUGAAACCAGGAAUCAGAGAAUCUGACCGAUGCUGAGGAGAGGUGCGAGGGGCUGAUCAAGAGCAAGAUCCAGCUGGAGGCCAAACUCAAAGAGACGACCGAAAGGCUGGAGGACGAGGAGGAAAUGAAUGCUGAGCUGACCUCCAAGAAGAGGAAGCUGGAGGAUGAGUGUUCGGAGUUGAAGAAGGACAUUGAUGACCUGGAGCUCACCCUGGCCAAAGUGGAAAAGGAGAAACACGCCACUGAAAACAAGGUCUAAAAUGUUGACAUAGCUGAACAAUAGUAGAAUCAACCCAAAGCUAAACAAUGAUUGAAACUAACCACACAACUUACAUACAAAUGUUGUUGUGGCUGUGUUCAGGUCAAAAAUCUGACUGAGGAGAUGGCCUCUCAAGAUGAGAGCGUUGCCAAAGCUGACCAAGGAGAAGAAAGCCCUCCAAGAGGCCCACCAGCAGACACUGGACGACUUGCAGGCAGAGGAGGACAAAGUCAACACUCUGACCAAGGCCAAGACCAAGCUGGAACAGCAAGUUGAUGACGUGAGUGGAGUCAGACUUUAUCGAGUCAUGGAUUUAUAUAUUGUUAGAUUAAACAUUUAGCUAGGCCAUGGCAUAAUCAUUGAUUGUUUAAAAUUAACUGACACAAGUAUCUUAACAUGUAGCUUGAGGGUUCUCUGGAGCAAGAGAAGAGGCUCCGUAUGGACUUUGAGAGAGCCAAGAGAAAGCUGGAGGGAGACCUGAGACUGGCCCAGGAAUCCAUAAUGGACCUGGAGAAUGACAAGCAGCAGUCUGAAGAAAAGAUCAAAAAGUACAUUUAAAAAAAUAGUUUUGUGUAGUUAGGACUUUGAAAGACUCUUUUAAAUACAAAGUGACUGCUGUGUACUGAUGCAUUUAUGUUCCCAUAGGAAGGAUUUUGAGACCAGCCAGCUCCUCAGCAUGAUUGAGGAUGAGCAGUCUCUGGGCGGUCAGCUGCAGAAGAAAAUCAAGGAACUCCAGGUACAGUACAGUAUCUAACCCCGGCUUCAGUAUAGUAUUCCAUAUAAUACUAGAUGUUCUAGAUACUAGAUGUUCUAGAUACUACAUGUUCUAGAUACUAGAUGUCAGUCUUACUCAUUUAGCAACAUUCUGUUGUUGUAAUAAAGCAACAAUAAAACAUAGUAUAAAUACACAACUAUCCAGGCUAUUUAUUUUUGCAAGGUCAGUUUAAAUUUCCCCAUCCUAACCCCCCUCCCUUGCUUUAGGCUCGUAUUGAGGAGCUGGAGGAGGAUAUUGAGGCUGAGCAUUCUGCCAGGGCAAAGGUUGAGAAGCAGAGGGCCGAUCUCUCCAGGGAACUUGAGGAGAUCAGUGAUAGGCUGGAGGAAGCUGGAGGUGCCACUGCCACUCAGAUCGAGAUGAACAAGAAGCGCGAGGCUGAGUUCCAGAAACUGAGACGCGACCUUGAGGAGUCGACCCUGCAGCACGAGGCCACAGCCGCAGUCCUGAGGAAGAAGCAGGCUGAUAGUGUGGCGGAGCUCGGAGAGCAGAUUGACAACCUGCAGCGUGUCAAGCAGAAGCUGGAGAAGGAGAAGAGCGAGUACAAGAUGGAGAUUGACGACCUCUCCAGCAACAUGGAGGCUGUCGCCAAGACUAAGGUGGGCAUUUGAAUCAAACCCUAAAUACUCAACAUUAAUGGAUGAAUGGAAUGCUGCGAGACAGCAGCAUGGCGUCAAGCUCUAAAGUUGGACACAUUUGUAAGCGUACUACAGCUUCAAUUUAGUGGGUUAAUCCUAUAGACAUAGAGGGUAAUGCAAUUACCUCAAAGGUGAAGGGCUGGAGUAGCAUCACUGUCAAAUUACUAUCUACAAAACCCUACUGCAAGACAGCAAUGUACAGUCGUGGUCUAAGGUUUUGAGAAUGACACAAGUAUUGGUCUUCACAAAGUUUGCUGCUUCAGUUUUUUUGAUAUUUUAGUCAGAUGUUACUAUGGUAUACUGAAGUAUAAUUACAAGCAUUCCAUGAGUGUCAAAGGCUUUUAUUGACAAUUACAUUAAGUUUAUGCAAAGAGUCAAUAUUUGCAGUGUUGACCCUUCUUUUUCAAGACCUCUGCAAUCCGCCCUGGCAUGCUGUCAAUUAACUUCUGGGCCACAUCCUGACUGAUGGCAGCCCAUUUUUGCAUAAUCAAUGCUUGGAGUUUGUCAGAAUUUGUGGGUUUUUGUUUAUCCACCCGCCUCUUGAGGAUUGACCACAAGUUCUCAAUGGGAUUAAAUGUCGAUGUUUUGUUCCCCGAGCCACUUAGUUAUCACUUUUGCCUUAUGGCAAGGUGCUCCAUCAUGCUGGAAAAGGCAUUGGUCGUCACCAAACUGUUCUUGGAUGGUUGGGAGAAGUUGCUCUCGGAGGAUGUGUUGGUACCAUUCUUUAUUCAUGGCUGUGUUCUUAGGCAAAAUUGUGAGUGAGCCCACUCCCUUGGCUGAGAAGCAACCCCACACAUGAAUGGUCUCAGGAUGCUUUACUGUUGGCAUGACACAGGACUGAUGGUAGCGCUCACCUUGUCUUCUCCGGACAAGCUUUUUUCCGGAUGCCCCAAACAAUCGGAAAGGGGAUUCAUCAGGGAAAAUGACUUUACCCCAGUCCUCAGCAGUCCAAUCCCUGUACCUUUUGCAGAAUAUCAAUCUGUCCCUGAUGUUUUUCCUGGAGAGAAGUGGCUUCCUCGCUGCCCUUCUUGACACCAGGCCAUCCUCCAAAAGUCUUUGCCUCACUGUGCAUGCAGAUGCACUCCCACCUGCCUGCUGCCAUUCCUGAGAAAGCUCUGCCCUGGUGGUGCCCCAAUCCUGCAGCUGAAUCAACUUUAGGAGAUGGUCCUGGUGCUUGCUGGACCUUCUUGGGUGCCCUGAAGCCUUCUUCACAACAAUUGAACCUCUCUCCUUGAUGUUCUUGAUAAUCCGAUAAAUGGUUGAUUUAGGUGCAAUCUUACUAGCAGCAAUAUCGUUGCCUGUGAAGCACUUUUUGUGCAAAGCAAUGAUGACGGCAUGUGUUUCCUUGCAGGUAACCAUGGUUAACAGAGGAAGAACAAUGAUUUCAAGCACCACCCUCCUUUUAAAGCUUCCAGUCUGUUAUUCUAACUCAAUCAGCAUGACAGAGUGAUCUCCAGCCUUGUCCUUGUCAACACUCUCACCUGUGUAAACGAGAGAAUCACUGACAUGAUGUCAGCUGGUCCUUUUCUGGCAGGGCUGAAAUGCAGUAGAAAUGUUAUUUUGGGAUUAAGUUCAUUUUUAUGGCAAAGAGGGACUUUGCAAUUAAUUGCAAUUCAUCUGAUCACUCUCCAUAACAUUCUGGAGUAUAUGCAAAUUGCCAUCAUAAAAACUGAGGCAGCAGACUUUGUGAAAAUUAAUAUUUGUGUCAUUCUCAAAACUUUUGACCACGACUGUAUACAAGCUGUACACCAUAAGAAUGUUAAAUAAAGAUGACCUAUCUAUAUUUCACUAACAGGUCAAUCUGGAGAAGAUGUGCCGUACUAUUGAGGAUCAGCUGAGUGAGCUCAAGACUGGGAACAACGAGAAUCUUCGCCAGAUCAACGACAUCAGUGGACAGAGGGCCAGACUCUUGACUGAGAACGGUACCCACAACAAUGACCAACACAUUUACCAUACAUAAUCUAAAUCAGUACCCAACAACAUGUGUUAGGGGCUAUUGUACAAGGCUACAGUAUUUUUAAGAACAGAAGAAUUUACAAUGUGUACUCUCAUCCCUUGCAGGUGAGUUUGGACGCCAGCUGGAAGAGAAGGAAGCUCUGGUGUUUCAGCUGACCAGAGGCAAGCAGGCCUUCACCCAACAGGUGGAGGAGCUAAAGAGGCAGAUUGAGGAGGAGGUCAAGGUAAGGGAGUCAAAAUGCUCUACCAAGCACAGAGUAUAGAGUCAAAUGCCUCUUGUCAUGUUUAUCAUAACUAAACCAUCCUCAGAAAUGUAUUACUGUAACCGGUUUUGCUAUCUCUCACUCAGGCUAAGAAUGCCUUGGCCCAUGGUGUCCAGUCUGCCCGCCAUGACUGUGACCUUCUGAGGGAGCAGUUUGAGUUGGAGCAAGAGGCCAAGGCAGAACUGCAACGCUGCAUGUCUAAGGCCAACAGUGAGGUGGCUCAGUGGAGGACCAAGUAUGAGACGGAUGCCAUCCAGCGCACAGAGGAGCUUGAGGAGGCCAAGUAAGCAGUUACACUUGAAAAUAAACCUCUCAUUAUAACUAUGAUCCUAAAUGUGCGCAUCUUCACACCUUCCUAAUUUCACUUCAUUAUGAGGCACCAUGUUUAUAUGAUACGUUUGUCUGAAUACAGUACCAGUGGAAGCAUUAAAAGAUUAACUAUUUCCUGUCUAACAGGAAGAAGCUGGCGCAGCGUCUGCAGGACGCUGAGGAAAUGAUUGAGGCAACCAACUCAAAGUGUGCUUCGCUGGAGAAGACCAAGCAAAGGCUGCUGGGAGAGGUGGAGGAUAUCAUGAUUGAUGUAGAGAGGGCCAACGCUAUGGCUGGCAACCUUGACAAGAAGCAGAGGAACUUCGACAAGGUGAAAAAGAACACUUUACACACUAUACUGACUUUUGAAAUGUGCUAUUAAAUGGACUGGCAAAAUUAAUAGCAACAACACGUUUUAUUUUCUUUCUGAUAGGCAUUAUCAGUAUGUGUCUCCAGUGAUCAUAAUGUAUUAUGGCUUAUUUCUGAUUAGAAGUAAAAGCCACAUCAAGAAUAAACCAUUAAAUCACAUACAAUCCCAUAGGUUCUGGCUGAGUGGAAGCAGAAGUAUGAGGAGGGUCAGGCUGAACUGGAAGGAGCUCAGAAGGAGGCUCGCUCUAUGAGCACAGAGCUCUUCAAGAUGAAGAACUCCUACGAGGAGGCUCUGGAUCAGCUGGAGACUCUGAAAAGAGAGAACAAGAACCUCCAACGUGAGUAAACAGCAGGAGUUGUUUAUUUGGCACAUUUGGAGUGUACAGUUUUCAAUAUCACUUUUUGUAUUGUUAUCAGUUAUAGCUGUAUUCUUUUGAAACAUCUAUGGUCGUAAAAGGCUUUUAUGCAAAGCUGUAUGAUAUUUGGUAAUAUUCACUGAAAAUCUCCCUGUUCUAAACCAUUUCUCUGUGUUUGUGCAGAAGAGAUCUCUGACCUGACUGAACAGAUCGGAGAGACUAGCAAGAGUAUCCAUGAGCUGGAAAAGUCCAAGAAGACUGUGGAGACUGAGAAUUCUGAGAUCCAGACCGCUCUGGAGGAGGCUGAAGUGAGCAGAUAUAAUACAUCCUUAUGUAGUAGAAUACAUUUAACAGAAUGAGAGCUACAGUGCUGUUCAGUACUCCUGUAUUGGUACUUAUUGCAGUAAUAUAGCUUACAGUUCUUCACUAGGUGGUGCACUCCUUGGAAUAGCGGACGUGUAUAAAGAUGGUGGUCUCCAUGUAGUUACCACAAAUGCCAAAUUAGCAAUACGACUGAUAAAUAGCUAACAAAUUUAGCUACACGGACUAUCUGAGUUAACCUUGUAUCUUUACUGACCUUUUAUUUCAAUCUUUGCACUGUCUCUAUGCACACUCACAGGGCCCUACACACUCUCACACACUGUCAUUCCAACACACACACAAACACUCACUCCAUCAUCUGCUCACUCACACAUAAUAUGCACAUACAUUUAUACUGACUCUACACACCCGCACACCCACUCACAUACAAGCUGCUGCUACUCUGUUUAUCUUGUUGCCUAGUCACCUUACCCCUAUACAUAUCUACCUCCAUCACACCAGUAUCCCUGCACAUGUAAAUAUGGUAAUGAAACUGACUUUUUAAAUAUUUCCUGUAUAUAAUUUAGUAUGCUUACUUACUUAUUUACUUUAUUGUGUAUUUCAGAUUUCCUAUUCUUAUUUCUCGCGUGUUUUUUCUAGUAAUACAUUGUUAUUGAUUAUUGCAUUGUUGGGUUUUGAGUUAGCAAGAAAGGAAUUUCACUGUACUUGUGCAUGUGACAUUGAAACUUGAAACAUUAGCACAGUAUACAUGAUCCCGAUUCUAGCUCCCAGACACCGCCAUAUAUACAAAUUUAAAAAAAGUAGAAUGUGUUGAUUUAUUGGCGCAUUGAACCAUGUUGUGUGCCAUAGUUUAAAAACUAGGAUUGUAGUGUUAAAACAAUGAAGUCAUAUCUGUGUUCUGCCAUCUUUAUGCACAUUCGCCAUUGCGAAGAGUGGGAACUUUUCGAUUUAUACAACUGCCUUAGGUCUUAUAAACACAAUAGUGAGAGAGCCAAUUGUUACUUUUAGCUGUCUCCAAGUCUUAUAAUGUUCUAAUUGCUGGGAUGAUCUCCUAUGUUAAGCAUUCUGUGACAAAUCACUUUUAUUCUUCCAGGGAACACUGGAGCACGAGGAAUCCAAGAUUCUGCGUGUGCAGCUGGAGCUGAACCAGAUCAAGGGUGAGGUGGACAGGAAGCUGGCAGAGAAGGACGAGGAGAUGGAGCAGAUCAAGAGGAACAGCCAGAGGAUUAUAGAAUCUAUGCAGAACACACUGGACUCUGAGGUCCGCAGCAGGAACGACGCCCUGAGGGUGAAGAAGAAGAUGGACGGAGACCUGAACGAGAUGGAGAUCCAGCUGAGCCACGCCAAUAGGCAGGCCGCUGAGGCCACGAAACAGCUGAGGAAUAUCCAGGGACAACUCAAGGUAAAAGAUGCCAAAACUUCCAGUUAAACACCAAAAAAUGUGACUGAUUUUGUUUUGGUCAAAGACUAAUCAAGUGAUGUAAUAAAGCAGAAAAGCAGGUACAUCAGUCCCAUUCUUCAUAAAGACAACACUCACACAUCCUAAUACUCUGUUGUUUUGAAUUCCAGGAUGCCCAAUUGCACCUUGAUGACGCUGUCCGUGCGUCAGAAGACAUGAAGGAGCAGGCCGCCAUGGUGGAACGCAGGAACGGUCUGAUGAUGGCAGAGAUUGAGGAGCUGAGGGCUGCUCUGGAGCAGACUGAGAGAGGCCGCAAAGUUGCUGAGCAAGAGCUGGUGGACGCCAGUGAGCGUGUGGGACUGCUCCACUCUCAGGUACGGGUCUGGUCACUGACCAGACAACUUUUAGAUUGUGGGUAUUAUGUGUUGUGGCGUACAGCAGGUCAGACACCAGGGGGAGACUCGUCGAGGCCUGGUAACAGAUGGAGUAUACAGCACGAGGCGGUGGCUCCAUCUGCUGGACGUGCCAGGUCUCGAUGGGCUCCCCGGACAGGACUAAUUGGGGCUGAUUGGGAGCUGGUGAGUAAUUAAGGGCGGAUUGCUCACCAGCUGUGCAAGGCCCAUAAAGCUGCCAGAAGGGCAGCACAUGGGAGAGGACUGGGGGAAGUAAGGUAACUUUUGUGUAGUUGGAGAUGGUAUACUAGAGAUGGUCUCAUGGGGGAGACCUACCCUUUUCUUUUGAUUAUUCUAUUAAUAAACACCCUUGAAACUGAGCUAAUCAUACUCUGUCCGUUCUGAUCUGUGUACACGUCUUGACCCAACCCCCUGAUCUGCCACAGUGUAUUGUUGUGAAUUGUUGAUAUUACUGCACUGUUGGAGCUAGAAACACAAGCAUUUCACUACACCCGCAAUAACAUCUGCUAAACAUGUGUAUAUGACCAAUACAAUUUGAUUUGAUUUUAAAAAUUUUCAUUUACAUUUUAGUCAUUUAGCAGACGCUCUUAUCCAGAGCGACUUACAGUUAGUGAGUGCAUUCAUUUUUCAUACUGAUGAUAUGAUAUGAGAUGAGUAUGCCUAGAAAGCUGUGCUACUAUGGCUGACUCUUUAAAACAACACAUUUCACAGCACUUAUCCAGUGUAUGUGACAACAUUAAUAAGGUAAAGAGGGACUAGACAGUGAUUUCAUUAAUCUCACGCUUUUUCAGGGAGUAUAUCUGCACUGGGGGAGCCAAAUGGAACUUCCACUUAAUGGAACCAAAGAAAAAAGUUGUCUCCCACGUGCCUUUCAUGUCAAAAUCUUUGUCUUAUCCAACUUUUUAUUUAUUUAUUUUAAUUUUUUUUUGGGGGGGGGAAUGGAUCAGCUUAAUAUUGCAGAUAGAUUGUAUCUUCUAUCAAUGUAAUUGUCUGCAUCACUUCCAAUCCCCCAUGUUUUUUUAAAAUAUAUAUACUCCCCUUUAUUACUUUGUCUUAUCCUACUUUAGCUCAUUCUAGACAUACAUUCAUGCCAUCUCAGAUGCUAUAGCAUACUUUAUAAAGUACAUAAAAGGAAAUAAAUUACCUAAAUACUUGAUUAAAAGCCAGUUUUUCAUAUUUUUUAACAAUAUUAACAUUGAAGGUUGUGGCGAUUGAUUUCUAUAAUUUCCAUGGUGUGACUGGUAUAUUGUCUUGCGAUAAGGCAAUUCAGCCAAUCUUUGAUUGAUCUAUACUUCUUCCUCCAGAACACCAACCUUCUGAACACUAAGAAGAAGCUGGAGGCUGACCUGGUGCAGGUGCAGGGUGAGGUGGACGACAUUGUCCAGGAGGCCAGAAACGCAGAAGAGAAGGCCAAGAAGGCUAUCACUGAUGUGAGUCCGUAUGUUUGGCCAAAACACAGUACAAGGCCUCCAGGCUAACCACAUGAAAGUGUUUGAUCUGUACCAAAUCCUAGCUAUAUCAGUUUUGUCAUAAGAUUUUAUGAGUAUAACAGUUAAUAACAACAGAAUAACUAAGUCAAGAAAAAACAGGAAAGCCUGUCUGUGUUGCCAUAAGGUCUCACCUUCAUUAAACCUAUUUAAUGAUAUUUCAGGCGGCCAUGAUGGCUGAGGAGCUGAAGAAGGAGCAGGACACCAGCGCUCACCUGGAGAGGAUGAAGAAGAACCUGGAGGUCACAAUCAAGGACCUGCAGCACCGUCUGGAUGAGGCAGAGAAUCUGGCCAUGAAGGGUGGCAAGAAGCAGCUCCAGAAACUGGAGACAAGGGUGUGUUGUUCAGGCAUUUAGAAGAUGGGGUAAACAAUUUGCUUUCAAUAACCCACGUGGAUAAUGAUGAUGUCAUUAUCAUUAUAAACUCUCCUAUGAAAUUUACAAAAAGGACAAAGGAAGAGAAGAAGACUAUGUGAUAGUCUGUAUUAACUUUCGUGAACACCAUUUCUUUACAUUAGCCUGGAGGAAUCUACCUCUAUUUAUUUGCAAUGAUUUAAAACUGAUUCCACCUCAUAAAAAACAUGACAAUUUCAUCCGUGAAGGUACGUGAGCUGGAGGCUGAGGUGGAGUCCGAGCAGAGAAGAGGUGUAGAUGCAGUUAAGGGAGUCCGCAAGUACGAGCGCAGAGUCAAGGAGCUCACUUACCAGGUAAGAAAAGCACCUUAACACACAGUAAUACAGACAGAUGUAUGUGUAUGAACGGAUGAACACUGAUACAUCUACUUUCUCCCACAGACUGAGGAGGAUAAUAAGAAUGUUACCAGACUUCAGGAUCUGGUAGAAAAGCUGCAGCUUAAAGUGAAGGCAUACAAGAGGCAGGCUGAGGAAGCGGUGAGUUAGGUCUAAAAUUAGUAGCAAGUAUAAUGGUCUUAGCCUGUAUUAAGUUGUGUAGUGAACUUGCCCAUAGCAAGCAAUGCAUGAAACAAAUAUGCCAUCCUGAAUAAACCACUGAUGUUGAUCUGUGUCCCUUCUCCCAGGAGGAACAAGCCAAUCAGCACAUGUCUAAGUUCCGUAAGGUUCAGCAUGAGCUGGAGGAGGCUGAGGAACGCGCUGACAUUGCAGAGUCCCAGGUCAACAAGCUCAGAGUCAAGAGCCGUGACGCCGGAAAGGUAAAGAUCUGCUUUUAAACCUACACCUGAAUUAUGUUCAAGUAAGACUUCGUCAUCAUCAUCAAUAAAGGCUUUCACAGACUCAGAUUAAACCUAAUUCAAAACA